UAAAUGCCGUAUAACCUAUGAAAAUUGUUUAAAACAGUAAUCUUAAAUUUAGAAAAUAUUAAGUUAAAAAUUCUUAAGGCACAUUAAAUUGAGUGGAAAUAAGAUGAGCUUGCCGACAGAUUUUGGUCCAGAUUCCGGAGGUCGUAUGAAAGGAGUGUGUAUUGUGAAACCAAUUGUUUAUGGAAAUAUAGCUCGAUAUUUCGGUAAAAAACGGGAGGAAGAUGGCCAUACCCACAAAUGGACAGUUUAUGUUAAGCCGUAUAACAAUGAAGACAUGUCAACUUACGUGAAAAAAGUUCAUUUUAAAUUGCAUGAAAGUUACGCUAAUCCUAAUAGAAUCUCUACAAAACCACCAUAUGAAGUAUCGGAAACUGGUUGGGGUGAAUUUGAAAUUGUCAUUAAAAUUUAUUUUCAUGAUCCCAAUGAAAGACCCACAACGAUGUAUCAUAUUUUGAAACUAUUCCAUACAUCUAACAGAGAAGCUGGUAGCAAUGUUCCAAUAAACUUGAUAGCGGACGCAACGAAAGGUUUAGUGUCUGAAUCGUAUGAUGAAAUUGUUUUUCAAGAUCCAACACAAUUAAUGCAACAUUUACUGACGAAUACAAAGCCUAUAUCACUAAAUCAAUGGAAACAUGAAAGUAAUUUUGAAGAAAAAAAAGAAACAACUCUGAAGAAUAUUUUAGAGGCGAAAGGAAAAAUAAGGGCUUCGAAUGCUCAACUAAAAGAGCGUUUAAAAAUAUUUAAAGAAACUAUAUCCAAAUUCAAAAGUGAAAUUGAAAAAACACAAAAUAAUCAACAAGUUCACUGUUAUUCAAAAGGUGUGAAAAUUGGAAAUUGGUUUGAAGAUGAAUGCAAAUAUGAAAAACAUCAACAUAAACAUCGAUCAAUAUAUAAUGCACAUUUUUCUAGGCCAAAUAUGCAACCGAUAGAUUACACUGAAAUGUAUAAACCGAAAUUCAAAGCACAGGGUCUAGGAUCACAUACUUUAAUGUGGAAUGGUGAAGAAUUUUUACAAAACUUUGCAACCACAUAUGACCUUACCUACAGACAUUUUAAAAAAGGAUUAAGCGGACCCAUUCCAAAAAGGAAGCGAAUUGAACUCACAGAAAAUUUUGGAAAUAUAACUAAAUACGAUGAUGAAAUAAGUUCUUCAUUUAAACAUUGGGAAUACAAUCAAGAUAAUCGACAUUUCAGUGAAUAUGGAAAUGAGUAUCUUCCUCCAAAACCUACCGAUUACGUAAAAUCACCAUUUCGUAGAUCGAAUAAACUUUUAGGAAAUAAAUUUUCAUUAACUAAAAUACAAAUGAAACCAAUAAAAACACCGAUAAUUGAAUUACCAAAAACUUGUGUUGGUAAAUAAAA